AUGGCUUUAAAACUGGAUAUCUCGAAAGCAUAUGAUAGAGUUGAGUGGGGUUUUCUAAGGGAGGUGAUGAUAAAAAUGGAUUUUGAUGAAAGAUGGGUGGGUCUGAUUAUGAAAUGUGUACAAACUGUUAAGUAUGCCAUUGUGGUAAAUGAGAAGCCUGGGAAUUCCUUUGUACCAUCGAGAGGUUUAAGGCAGGGAGAUCCCCUAUCUCCAUACCUUUUCCUCCUUUGUGCAGAGGGAUUAAGUACCCUCAUUAAUAAGGCUGAAAGAAGGGGGGAGUUGAAGGGAGUAGCAGUAGCUAAAGGGGGUAUAAGGGUUACUCAUUUAUUAUUUGCUGAUGAUUGUUUGGUUUUUGGACAAGCUUCUUGGCAGGAGUGGCUUAUGAUAAAGGAUCUAUUACAUAUUUAUGAGAGGGCUUCGGGGCAGUGCUUAAAUAGACAAGAAACCUCAUUAUUUUUCAGUUCCAACACAAAAGAAGAUAUAAGGAGAAGGAUAAGGGAGGAUGUGGGGGUGGGAAUUCAAUCAAGUUGUGAAAGAUACUUGGGGUUACCUGUUAUGGUGGGGAGAUCAUAG